UGGGUCUAUUGAAAUCAAACAAUUAAUUAAUUGCUUCAAUUAAUAAUUAUGUUCGAAUGAACGAAUGGGCGCAUACUUACAUUAGAAAGUACUCUGAGAAGAGAUGUAAUAUAUAUAAUAGCGGAAAUUGGUCAAAAUCAUCAAGGAAAUGUUAGUACCGCAAAGAAAAUGAUAUUUGAAGCCAAGAGGAUUGGUUGCGAUUGCGUGAAAUUCCAAAAAUCACAUUUAACUUCAAAAUUUACAAAAUCUGCUCUUGAUCGUCCAUACACUUCCGAGAACUCCUUCGGCGGCACAUAUGGUGACCAUAAGGAAUACCUUGAGUUUAACGAGGAGGAAUUCGGGGACUUACAACUAUACGCUACCCAACUUGGAAUAGAUUUCACGGCUUCGGCAAUGGAUGAGGAUUCGUUAAAUUUCUUGUAUACUCUUAAUGUACCUUUUAUAAAAAUUGGUUCGGGAGAUGCUAAUAAUGCUCUACUCCUGAGAAAAGCAGCUAAAAUGGAUAUUCCACUGGUGGUGUCUACAGGAAUGCAAACAAGCGAAACAAUUAAAAAAAUUGUAGAAAUAAUGCACAAUAAUAAUAAAACCAAUUAUGCAUUAAUGCAUUGCGUCUCUUCUUAUCCCACAGAACCAGAGGAUUGCUCUCUAAAAAUUAUAACACUAUUAAAAGAUUUAUACCCAAACGUUAUUAUAGGAUAUUCUGGUCAUGAAAAGGGUAUUGAAAUAACUAAAGCAGCUGUUCUACUGGGUGCAAGAAUUAUAGAACGCCAUUUUACUUUGGACAGUAAUCAGAAGGGCUCGGAUCAUAAAUGUUCAUUGGAGCCUGAAGAGUUUGAGCACCUAAUUAAAGAAGUUAAAUCGAAAAAGCUUAGCACUAUGAACACAGAGCAAAUACUGAAUACACUUGGUAGAACGAAAGCCCUCGAGAUGGCCUUAAAAGAUGUAAACAUCAGAGAAAUAUUGCCAAGUGAGAUGCAAUGUAAGAUGAAGUUGGGAAAGUCUAUAGUGGCUGCAAGGAACUUAAAAGCUGGGGUGUCUUUAACAUCUAGGGACAUAUGUAUUAAAGUAAGUGAGCCUAACGGCAUAUCUGCAGAAUAUUUUGAUUCCGUUUUAGGCAAAUCACUUUUAUGCGAUGUGAAUAAUGAUUCACCAUUAAUGUAUCAGAAUAUAAAUAUGUAGCACUAAAUUAUAUUAAUCUACAUAAAUGUAUACCAAAGGAAUCAAUUAAAAUUUCUGUA